GCUACCGGCUGCUGGCCGAAACGCGAUGUUGACGUUACCUCUUCCAUUGGCCACCACGCUAUAUGUUGAGCUGACUAUCAUCUAUUUCGUCCUGUGCCUUUGGUUUUGUCUUCGUUUGUGCUCGUUUUCAUCUCCUUGCACAAGAGACAUGAGUCGUGAUGUUCGCUAUGACUGAACUCGGAAACACACCUUUCCCAGUACUGGUCUCAAGGGGCACGCGACUCAGUCUUGUCUUGUAUGAUAUUGCGGCAAACAUCGAAAAGGCAUCGAGAGAUAUAUGCCGCGUAGCCACUGGUAUUGCAUCGUUCUCCCGCACUGCAAAGCAUCUCGACCUAGUCUUGAACGAGGACGAGUCAAUCCCGACAAGUCAGGCCCAUGAGGCUGUGCAGUCCAUCAUCUACCAGGCUGAUCAGAUACUGGAUGAAUUCGAGGCUCUGUUUCUUUCCGCGAAGGCUAAAGACAGCCUGAAUUCUCUCAGCUGGAAAUGGGGUCUAUUAGAGAGAGCCCGUACCGAGUACCUCCUUGGUCACCUGUGCAGCUUACGGCUCACUUCUGCGACUAUGAUCCAGUCUUUCAGUACUGUCAACGUGAAACGUCUAUCCAAACAACAUAACGAUUAUGCCAUGCAGAAGGCUGUCAACUACGUCGAGGACGAGGAACUACAGCUUGAGAUUUUAGUUAUCGAACAGCAGAACUCUAUUUUGCGAGCUUACGAGCUGCAUCAAGAGUAUACGCGUAGUGAAUCUUUUUCUAACAGAGAAUCAGAAAAGGUUCUCCUAUCUCAGGAAGAAAUGUCUAUGUCGAGCAUUGCUCAAGGGUUCUUCGACCAGCCUGCGAAAAAGAUUGCUGCCAAGGAAGCCCAGGAUGUGGUACCUCCGGGUGAGAAGUGUAUCAAGGUGGCUGAUGGCCAGUGGAAGCCAUCGAAGCUCAAAGCUAAGAGUCUCUUACCGUUUCGUGCCUCGGCAUUGUCGGAGUACUUGUGCAUUGAAAAUGAGUUUGAGCGACUCACAGCGAUACGUCGAGCGUCUAACUCGCAUACAAAUGCAGUUCUCCAGCAGUGGACACGGCUGGGGGAGAUCGAGGAACGACUCCAACGCUACACGGCUCAAGCGGGAUCCCCGAAGCAACUCGAGAACACUGGCAGACAGGCUUCCAUUGAAACAGCACUUCCGAGCAGGGAUGAAGCCAAUGUUCAAGUGAAAGCCCAGCCUUCCACUGCAAAGAUAGCAGCCCCUGUUCCACGACGAGCACCUAGCUCCCAGUCAAUCUUUACUCAGGCAUCUUUUAUUGUUCCGAUUUCAGUCCCGGGGUCGAACCUACCCUCGCAUCUGAACACCUCUUCGUAUCCAGUAUCCUCUCGGAAUUCAUUCUCAUUCGCAUCACAAUCAGGCAACCUUCCAAUAUCACCAGCCCACUCUUACAAGUCCGCCGAAUACAUAUCGCAUUCUCCACGUAGCAGUGUUCAUUCGAAUCCUUCGACUCGGGCUGCAGCAGUAGCCAUCCGGAAUGAAGCCGAGACUGGUGAUGAUCUAGAAAUACCGUGGCGCUUGUGUCUUCACAACAGCUACUGGGACUAUAUCGACGGUCGCUGCGUCGAUUCCAACACACACUUACAGCCGUCUGAGGCGUAUAAUAACCGCAAAGGCUACACGGAGCUCCUUGCGUCGUGGGUAUGCCGUCGAGCUCUUGACGAAGCACCGCACGACCACACACAAGUUCAAAAGCCUGACGCGUCCGGACGGAAGCUUGAAACAGCCUAUAUAGUCCAUAAACCGCUUCGUUUCGAUGAAGUCGAAUGGCUCGUCGAGCGCACGAUCCAGAUCCUCCAGCAGGAAUCCGAACUGCCGCGCAAAGACCAGAGCAGCCAUCGCCAACGGCGCAGUAUAGACAGACAGGAUACGCGCAGCAGACGGAAUUCAAAAAUCACCUCUCAACUACCCACGGUCCAGCAACAUCCACCCCUCGAUCGUUCGGUAUCAAUGCCCGUAGGCACUACACUCACUCCUCACAUUUCGACUUCUCCAGGUACGGGCUUCUAUAAUGUUGGGCAGCCGUAUACACCUUACAUGAAUCCAAACCUGAAUCCACAGUACACAGUACAGCGUAGUACAACCAGUACCAAUGGCUACGGAGAACCACCUUCCGUGGUAUCCGAUAUUGGGUCGAGUGACUCAGAGGAUGAGAAGAAAGGAAAGCGAAGGGCAGCGAGAAAAGCCAAGAAGACCACAGGUCGAUCACACAGUGCGGUGGGAACGAUGGCGAAGAUUGGAGGUGCGUUAGCCAUCCUGGAAGGACUGGAGCAUGCAUUUUAGGGUAUUGUGAGGUAAGGGGGUCGGGGUUAGGUCAGGAUUGGGAUAUACCCCAGCUAACGAUUUGACACGAAUCACUUAGAGUUACUAUUACGAGGAUUUCCGAAGCUUUACGAUUUACGCCCUCAUCAGCGACAUUUGUGUCUUCACCAACAGGUUUAUUAUAUUAUAUUAUGAUGUUUGACGAUGAGUAGUAGUAAGAACAUUAGAAGUCAUUCUUGAUGCUUACAGCCUGUUUCACAAUGAAAAGCAUGAUCGCAGAGCCAUAGUCGGGCUGGCUAUAAGUCCUUUCCGAGAAUACUCACACCCGGUCGCGGUCUAGAGUCAUGACAAGAACAGGGUUCUGGCUGCGUGUUUAGAUUACAUACAUACUGUGUACAUAAUAGCUCUACUCAAGGUGCAUCCCUACCU